CAGAGUGUGCAAGGUGUUUGACGGGAACAGGCUGAUCCUCUCCGCCAAGGUGUGUGGGGAAAACUUUUUUUCGGUGAUUAAAAUUGCUUGAGAAGUAUCUCAUCACUUUGAACAGCUUUUUGUUGUUGUUUUUUUCUCUCUCGAUAGUGUGUGUUUAUAUCAACACGGUUACUGUACAAAGAGUAAGCAAACCGAUUGUGGUGUGAUUUACUAAGAAGUGAAUUGACACCAAGUUUGUGGAAAAAGUGUUUUUUAGGUGAAGUAUCCAGCCGCAGCAGGAGAUAAUAUGCUGUUAACUUGGGCAAAUCCGCCUUCCCUCCGGUUGAAAUCACUGAAAUGCACAGCAAUGUGACCCAUCUGCGGCAUCCAUGGCGGCCCUUGUCCUUCGCGAAAGCUAAAACGAAAAUCAAAUCGAAAAACACGCAGCUAACCGUGUGACGAGUGUUGUCUUUAUAGUGCGAGUGGAAAUACCCAAUACCCGGUAAUCUGAAUAGAAGAAAAAAAGAAAAGAAAGAAAGAUUGAUUUUUACAAAGAGGCCCUGGAAUUAACUGGAGACGUCCAAAAAAUCCUGUUAUUUUUUUGGACGAUGGGGGCUUUGCAAGGCGAUGGGGGCGUCGCUCCCCUCUCUCGGCUGCUCCUCCUCGGCGCCCUCUGCGUGGGCAUCGUGCACGCGGGCAACUGGAUGUACCUGGGCGUGGUGGGCGUGACGCCGAUGCUGCCCCAGGGCGACCAGGAAGUGCAGAACGUCAGCACGUCGUCAGCAGUGAGCAUCUGUCAGCACCUGCCGGGCCUGGUGCAGCAGCAGGUGGCCGUGUGCCAGAGCAACCCCGACACCAUCAAGAGCGUGAGUGCCGGCGCCCGCAGAGGCAUCAACGAGUGCCAGUACCAGUUCCGCAACGAGCGCUGGAACUGCACGACGGGCGUGGACCUCGACGUGCCCUUCGGCGACACGCUCAAGCGAGGGAGCAAAGAAACCGCCUUCAUCUACGCGGUGACUUCUGCAGGAGUCGUCCACGCGGUGACCCAGGCCUGCUCCUCGGGGAACCUCACCGACUGCUCCUGCGACAUGAGCAAGCAGGGCCUGUCCACGCCCGAGGGCUGGAAGUGGGGGGGGUGCAGCGACAACCUCCGCUUCGGCAUCCAGUUCGCCCGGCAGUUCGUCGACGCCCCCGAGAAGGAGAGCCACAAGAAGUUCAAGAGGGUGAGGAACCUGAUGAAUCUCCACAACAAUGAAGCUGGCAGGGAGGCAAUUUCAAGACUGAUGAAGAUGCAGUGUCGGUGCCACGGCGUCUCCGGGUCGUGCGAGCUGAAGACCUGCUGGCGGUCGAUCCCCACCUUCUCCGCGGUCGGCGACUACCUGAAGGACAAGUACAACGGCGCCAGGCAGUACAAGCGCAAGAAGAGGAGCCGCAGCUCGCGAAGGCGGGACCGAUCCCGCGGCCGCCGCAAGCGCCGCAGUCGCCGGAACCGCCGCUUCCCCGUCGGCAAGGACGAGCUGGUCCACAUCCAUAAAUCCCCGAACUACUGCGUGAAGGAUCCCAAGAAGGGCAUCCUGGGAACGCACGGACGCUACUGUAACAAGACCUCGAGGGGCGCCGACUCGUGCGACCUCCUGUGCUGCGGCCGAGGCUACAACACGCAGGUGGUGCGAUACGUGGAGCGCUGCCACUGCAAAUUCGUGUGGUGUUGUUACGUCAAGUGCAAGACGUGCGUCACCAACGUCGAUGUCCACACUUGCAAGUAAUGCUGCAGGCAUAGCAUUACGCCAACGGCAAGCAUCCUGUAGUACAUAAGGAAGACGAUCCGUCAUCGAUAUCAAAAUCUACCCUUCAAAAACAUCCCAAGAAGAGAAGCUGCCUGGAGGUGAAGAGAAGGUGCUUCGCGGAGUCCAUUUUUCUGUCGUCUCCUUUGCCUGUCUGUGUGUGAGGACUUCGCCGGGCGCAGGGAGGAGCCGGGCCAGGAGAGCCGGGCCAGGAGGAGCCGGGCCAGGAGGAGCCGGGCCAGGAGGGAAGUGUGGUGAUGAGGCGAGAAAUGAGAAGUGAAAGGGAAAUGCUGGCGACGUGGAAGAUCCCAGUCGCCAUCUCUCUUAGCAGGAUAGAAUCGAAUAAGAAAAGGAAUUGCGGAGAAACGAUAAUGUCUAAACCUUGAGGCUUAUGAGAUAAAGGUAAUCUGGAGAAAGAGGACAUUUUAUAUAUAUUUUUAUUUACACAUAUAUAUAUAUCUUAGAUGCCGGUGACUCCGAUAUUUGGAUUUUGUUUAUCAUUCUUACAUGUAAGAAUAUCUCUGCCGUGUGAAAAAUUAUACUGGAAAGGGAAAUAAUCAAACUGACAAACUUUACUGUACAGUAUUUCGCUUUUGUUAUAAGUGUAUUGACACGCGCUAUCCAAGUACUCCAGAGGCCUAAGUUGAUAAAAGAAUUACGUAUCCUUUAAUCUUUUAUUAGACAUAGGCACAGGAAAGAGAGAGAGAGAGAGAGAGAGAGAAACAAACAAAUACAAACUUGAAAUCAACCAGAGAGUAAGCAUGUAGAUUGAGUCUAAGAACAUUGCGUAAAUGUAGUUUCUUUUAAAUGGAGAUUAAAAGCUGUGAGUAUUUCACGCCAGAUUCCUUAGGAGGAAAAGCACAGUCGUGUAGACGUCUUCGGAAGGAACACUACUCGCUAUGGAAAUGGAAACUCCUCAUCUCACACCUUUUUAUGUUUUUUUAUGUAGAAAGUUUUGCAUAAUAACCAAGCUUCUCAGUAACAAUUGGUAACUUGUUACUAAUUUCCUGGUGAACUUGAAUUUAUUAAAACUUUCCUUCUCUUUUAGAUGGCCAUAGUUGAUAAAAGUACUUAGGAGAAAAUGUUUUAUUGUACAAAUUAGAUUUUUUUCUUUUUGGAAUAAUAUAUUUACAUCUUUCACACCUUACAAUUGUCGGGUAAGGCUAUAUAGUAGUGGAAAUGUACUGUUUAUUGUAUGUUAUGUUUCUUUUGAAUAUAGAAAAAAUAUAUUUGUGGAAGUCAUUUGGAAGUUGCAAGAUUAAUGCAUCUGUAUAUGGACAUAGAUUUUUUUCAUGUGGAUGCUUAAUAGUAGAGAUAAAACAUAAUCAAAUGCAGUAUUGAUCAAAUUAAACGUCCAGACUUAGAGAUUUCUUUUAAUUAAGGUAAUAUUUGAAACAUGUUUGGUGAAUUGUACUGCAAUAAGGUUACAUGUAUGCUACAUAAAGAAUUUUAGCUAUAAUUGGAUAUAUUACCUCAAUAUUUAUGGUGUGUUUUAUGUAUAUAGUGUCUCUUUUCAUUAUCAGUUGUAGUUUCAUAAACUAUGCUGCGUUUGUAUAUAGUGACCUUCUGCUUUCUUUUCUUUCUCGUACAUCUUUCAUAAUUAUUUUUGCCAGAAUCAAAUGUAUUUAGUAAAGGGAUUGACACAUUCUAGCUUAUUAGCUUAAGGCUUCUUUUGAGAGAGAUUUAAAAAAAAAAAGAAACAUUGUAGAUUACCGAGACGCUGCCAUUAGUGUUAGGGAGGGAAGAAUAUCCACUUUUUAGUCUGGCAAAAGACUAGAAUAGUCAUCCCUGAACUCCGAUGUAGAUCACCAGAUACAAAAAUAAAGAUAUUUCUUUUUUUUCUUCUUGGUGUUAAUAAAAAUGUGUUAUUUUAUCACAAUUAUUUCCAUUCAUGUAAUGAUAGAUACCUCACGUUUUUUUUGUUCGUCCAUAACAUUUUUUUUUUUUUUUUUAUAAUACCGGAAAAAAUAUAUAUUUAUUUGUAACAUAAAGCAAAGGAAUUGGAGCCAAAUGGGGUAUGAUAUCAUUUCAACUGUUGCUUUUCAUGUCAUGUUUCACGGUAGGAAGUGAAUCUCUCUUAGACAUUUUGUUAUGUACCUUUUUUCAGAUGCUUUUUUCUGAAUUCAUUGUGGCAGCUUAUGAGAGCAAAUAUAUCAUAAUUGAUACUCAUUUAAAUUCAUUCAUUCUGUGAGCACAGCACAAGCCAGUUUUGCAGAAUUGGUUUUCAGAUCUAGCACAAAUUAUCUUCUUUUUUAAGUGUAUGUUUGUUUACAUAAUAUUGAUGCAUAAUAUUUCACUACUUUCUCAAGUAGCUUAUAACUUCUUGGAAUAUGAAGUCAGCUACACAAGAUCUAAUUUUACUUUUUUUUUUCUCAAAGUUUGGCCCUGUAUUUAUGUAUUUCGACACAUUUUGUUGCCUAGUGAUUUAUGUACUUAUCAGAGAUUAUGCAGUUGUUCCUUAGUUAUUUCGAAGAAAAAUUUAGUUCAUAGUCAUUUGGAAUUUUACAAUCUUGCAUGGCCAAAUUUAUGGCACUGUCUGAUCAGAAAUGGCAAAAAGUGCACCAUUAUACUCACCGAUUGCUUGUGCUGUGUUCAAAGCAUAUUUUAAGUACCAGUGUUGCCAAACUUGUGAAUAACUCGAUAAUAUAUGUUUGCCAAAUUCACCAUACAUAAAAUGCUGUCGUGAACAUCUUCGAAAUCCUAUUCAUAAGAUAUAUUUGUGAAGAUUUAUUUUUGGAAAUGUGUUUUCAUAUCUACCCACCUACCCCCCCUACCCCAUCCCACCAAAAAAAAAAAAAAAAGUUACAUAAAGAGGGAUUCUGGAUGAAAAAUAUUAAAUUAUCCACGAAGGUUAGAGGAAAGUGGACUUCAGGUUUUAGGUCUGAGUUAGAGUCAUUUCAGUAAAGUAUCUUAAUGAAGGACCUAAGAUCUUUCUUCUAAUUAUAGUGGGUAAUUUAUCCUUAUUUUUUAUGACUAACUGAUGUUCACCUCCGCAACCACACUCUUUGUACAUAGCUGUAUUAUAUAUAUAUUCAUUAAAGCAAGGAUGUAGAAACUCUUAUUCUAUUAGUAUAGAUAAAACUGAACUAUGGGUUGAACUGUAGCUGAUUACUCUUUUAUUUCUUUUAACAUUGGGAGCAUCCAGGUGUAACAUGGAAGAAAACAAACAUCAUGUACUGAACUCUGAAAUUAUGUAUUUGAGUUGCUGAGACGGGGUAUGACAGUAAUAAGAGGGAAGACAAUAUCAGAGCUAAAUCUAAGAAUGUGGAAGUACAUGUGUUUGAUUCAGUUGGGUGUUCUCUGACGUUCUCUGCUCAAAAUGUUACUUAAUGUCGUUAUCAAAAGUCUUUAUCUGUAUGACUCUCAUACUGAAAGAUGUGAAGUCUUUAACUACAGUUCAGAAUGUUUAGGUAGUCCAUGUUGCGCCACGAGUAUUCGAAUUACACUUUCCCCACCAGAUUUUUAAAUGAUCUUUUUAACUUAUUAUGAUAAAGCCACUACUGUUACAGGUUUUGACUCCAGUGUCCAUAUCAGCUGGUGGGUGCAUUAAGCCCAUUUCGACUUCUGUUUUGACCUCCUUAUGUUCUCGCCAGCGCAUCAUAAAGAGCUUUUUAUCAUCAAAACUCAGUUCAUUCACUGAAGUUUAUUAGAGGUCUCAAUAGAAAGAGAACUUGGCAGCAUAGGGUGUUAUACUGAGCUCUUCCACAAACAGUUACCUAAGACUGUCAACUUCAGAACGAUUCUUGGUACAUUUUUCCUUGUUCUUAUUUUUUGCUUUGUCAUUUCUUUUAAGUGUCAUGCUAAUUCAACUUCUUGUAUUUGAAAACAGCUUUGUUAAUGGAUAAUGAUGAAUAUAUGUCAAAGUGUUGUCAGUAGGCAUUGUAAUUACAUUGCAUUUAAGUCAGAGAUCACCUAUAGUUGUGCCGUUGUCUUAGUUUGUAAUAGGGUGCUGUAAAACAUUAUCAAAUUGUUUUAUAUUGUGUUACAUCCUGACUCCAAAUUUAUAAUCCAUAGUUGUGUCCGUCAUAGAGACCUUUUCAUCAGUAAUUCUUACUGCAGGAAUGUCUGUUAGUCAAUGCAAUCUGUAGUAAUGAAAUUAUGAAAACACUUACUUUCAUAUUUUGUAUUGGGUGUUUACCUCAUUUUUUAAGAUUUCUUGUUCAUCCCUUACUCUAAUACCGACUUAUUUAUCGAUGAUUUAUUUUUUAUUAAAACAAAAAAGUAUACAAAAAAUAGAAUAAGAUUAAUGUAUAGUUAAACACUUUAUGUCCUCAUUUUAAUAUGAAUGACAAGUUGUCUACAUUGCAGCACUUAUCUAAAGACUAAGACACCUGCCCUCAAUAUUCUAGAUAAAUGGAAAAUACAUUGUAUUGUGGCAAUAAAAUAGCCCACAUUC